AUGGUUAAAGGACUUAUUGUAACAGGACUGCUGGUCCUGCUCUGUCACCAGCUAGCCGUACGGGCUCAUGUGUUGAGUAGGCACAACUCGGCCAGCAGCAUCGACAAGCUUAAGAGCUUGCUGCAGCAGUUCGAGGAAGCCCUGGCAGCGCAGGAGGACGCCGAAGCAGCCGUGGACUAUGAGGACAGGAAUACGGCGUCCAGUCAGAGUCAGACCUCUCCGGCCAGAGAGAGAGACAGGGAGGACCAGGCCCCUGUGCCUGAAGAGAGCAACACCGACGAGGGACUGGAGGCACAGAGGAGACACCUCAUAGAUCUCCUGCUGUCCACAAGGAGCAAGAACUACUCCGGCUGCUUCGGGGGGAGGCUGGACCGCAUCGGCUCCAGCAGUCUCGGUUGCAACUCCAUGAAAGGUUAAACGUCUGAAGAGAUCAACCGAGAGACUGGAUCAAAUGAAGUACUGUGCAAGCAUGCGUUUGGAGAUCUGUUUUCUUUGAGGUGUGGAAGUAACGGGUGAAUCAUUGAUUGUUUUUUCUUUUUAUUGAACAAUAUGUGUAUGGUAUUCACAUCCUAUUUAUAUUAAACACUCACCAUGCUGAGUUGUC